AUGUCCUACACCUUCUCCAUCCUCUCCCCCCUCGACGUCCCGCUCUUCACCCACGACUUCGGCACCUCCCGCUCCGGCGGCGACGGCGUCUCGCGCCUGACCCCCCCAGAACGCGCCCUAGUCCCCUUCAUCCUACACAGCAGCCUCGACAUCGUCGAGGAAGUACAAUGGGGACCCUCGACGUCCGCGGGCGCCGCACCCAUGUACCUCAAGCACAUCGACAAGUACCAGAACAUGUUUGUGUCGUGCUGGAUAACCGGGGGAAACACGCGGUUCCUGCUGCUCACGCGGCCGCGCGACGAGGCGCUUGGGUUGAACGCGGGAAGUGGGAGUAAUAAGGGUAGUCUGGCGGGCGGGCGCGCGGCGCUCGGGUCGAGUGGCGGGCUGUAUAAUCCCAGUGCGCCUGCGACGGAGGAGGCGGUUAAGAAUUUCAUGGUCGAUGUGUAUGAGGCGUGGGUGAAGACUAUUAUGAGUCCGUUUUUUGCCGUGGGGAAUGGUGAUGUGGUUAAGAGUCCGGUGUUUCGGCAGCGCGUUGCUACUGCUGCGAAGAAGUAUCUGUGA